AUGUCCGGCUUCCGCAGCGCGCCCAAUGGCGCACCAGGCGGACAGCAAGCAGGCUCGUUUGGCUCUUUGACGCCAUCACGACCCGCGCCGCCUGUUCCCACCAGCAAGCACAAUGAUCCCUUCCUGCCUCCCCUCUCCCAGUACAAUUCGGCAUCCAGCGGUAUGGGCGCCGGUGGUGGUUCCUAUACCGGUCCCCUUCGACCUGCUGGGCCUGGUGCCAACGCGUCCUCUGGUGCUCCCGCCAAUCACCUCGCUGGUAACAACUCGGGUUGGCAGCAAGCCGGCCCUGGUGCUACCACAAGCGGAUCCGCCCUUGUAAGAAAAGGCUGGGUCAGCGUCAAGGAGGACGGUAUUCGCUCUUGGAUCUGGAGCAAGCGUUGGCUUGCCCUCCGCGAGCAGACCCUCACCUUUCACAAAAACGAGACGACCUACCAAGCAGUUGCGCUUGUCUUUCUCAAAGACAUCUCCAACGUUUCGCGUACCGAUCUCAAACCUUACUGCAUCGAAGUCGAGACCAAGGAAAAGACCUUCUACCUCCAGCUCAAGAGCGAUGAGGAGCUCUACGGCUGGAUGGACGACAUCUACUCUCGCUCGCCGCUCAUGGGCGUGUCCUCGCCCACCAACUUUGUACACCAGGUCCACGUCGGCUUCGACCCUAUCAGUGGUGCCUUCACCGGCCUCCCCGAGCAGUGGUCCAAGCUACUUACCACCUCGGCUAUCACUCGCGAGGACUACGAAAAGAACCCGCAGGCCGUGCUCGACGUUCUCGAAUUCUACACCGACAUCCAGAAGCGCGAGCGCGAUGACUUUGGCCUCGGCACGCCGACUAUGAACAUCCAGCCUGGUCGCAACCCCAACGAGAUUGCAAGCGCUUCGUCGGCGCCUCGCUUCAAGGCUGGCACCGGUUUCGCUGGAAGCUCUGGUGCCGACUCGGCAUCGAGCUUGAGCAAAGAGGCACCUCAGUAUCCUGGUGCGUCCAAACCCCCGUCGGACGCCUUCCGCAGUUCCCCCGCCGGAGCAUCGUCGUCCAACAAUUCUUCCUUGAGACCUUCGCAGACUACCAUGGCAAGGCGACCCUCGGACGACGGUCGGGGCCAGGGCGCGUCCAGCCCUGCUUCGUCCCAGGCUUCGUCUUCGCGCCUCGGCGGCUCUGCGUCCAACGACAGCAAGUACGGCCGCUCCACGCCGACUUCCAACGCGCAUCCAGAUUUGGUGCCUUCGCGCAAGGCGCCCGCCGCUCCCGGCGCUGCCAAGGCUCCUACGCACGCCUCAUCGCUAGCUUCCACCCGACCCGCGCCUCCACCUCCGAACUCGUCGGCGCCCUCUAGCAGGAUGGCCAACGACGGCGGCGUGCAGGGUCUCAACGUCAAGACCAAGGAGCUCAAGCUGGGAAGCGAUUCGGCCGGCGUAUCGCCCUCGUCAUCGAACGCUGCUGCCAAGGCCGGCGCUGGCGCAAAGCAGCCGUCACCCGUGGGCGCACCAAGCGCGUCGUCUGCCUCGGCUGCAGCUGCGCAGGUCAAGCCUCUUCAGAUGGCCAAGAAGGACACGGGCGCCAAGACGGCUCAGCAGAAGGAGGCUGAGCGUCGCAUCAGCACCAUGUCCGAAGCGCAGAUCAUGGAGAAGCUCCGCUCGGUGGUUAGUCAAGAGGAUCCCAACAUGCUGUACAGCAAGAUCAAGAAGGUCGGUCAAGGUGCCUCUGGAUCCGUGUUCGUGGCCAAGACGCUCGCUACAGGCCAGCGCGUGGCCAUCAAGACGAUGGACCUAUCGCAGCAACCACGCAAGGAGCUCAUCGUCAACGAGAUCCUCGUUAUGAAAGAGUCGCAGCAUCCCAACAUUGUAAACUUCCUCAACUCGUUCCUCGUGCGCAACAACGAGCUGUGGGUCAUCAUGGAGUACAUGGAAGGAGGUGCGCUCACGGACGUGAUCGACAACAACACGCUCGAAGAGGACCAGAUCGCUGCCAUCUGCCUCGAAACGUGCAAGGGUCUCGAGCAUCUGCACAGCCAGAGCAUCAUCCAUCGCGACAUCAAGUCGGACAACGUGCUGCUCAACGCCAGCGGACAGGUCAAGAUCACGGACUUCGGCUUCUGUGCGAAGCUGACGGACCAAAAGUCAAAGCGUGCUACCAUGGUGGGCACGCCGUACUGGAUGGCACCCGAGGUAGUCAAGCAGAAGGAGUACGGCGCCAAGGUCGACAUUUGGAGCUUGGGCAUCAUGGCCAUCGAGAUGAUCGAGAACGAGCCGCCGUACCUGGACGAGGAGCCGCUCAAGGCGCUCUACCUCAUCGCCACCAACGGUACGCCGACGCUCAAGAAGCCCGAGACGCUCUCCAAGAACCUCAAGAGCUUUUUGGCUGUGUGUCUGUGCGCUGACGUCAAGAGUCGUGCUUCGGCCGACGAGCUGCUCCACCAUCCUUUCCUGCAAUCGGCCUGUCCGUUGUCGAGCCUCUCACCGUUGCUCCGAUUCCGCAACAAACCCGACCGUUGA